AUGAAGAUGCGUUUGCACGAACCAAUACUGCGGAUGAUGCUGAUGCUGAUGACGGUGCUAUUCGAUGGGGGUAUGGCAGUGAAGUGCUUGGAUUGUGUGGGUCGUGAUUGUAUGGGCACGUUUUGUGAGGGCGAUUACUGUGUGCUGGGCAGAUAUGCACCGAGAUGGGGCACGAUCGAGUGGGGUGAGUCGAGGUUUGUGAAGGGUUGUAUGAGUGGCACGAUGCUCGAGACGGACAUCAGGAGCCAUUGUGAGACCGUAGACGAUGGCACCGAGAACGGCGACAGUGAGGUAGGUGGCCAGUGCAGCUAUUGUCUCAGGUCUAUCAGAUAG